AUGAGGAAGCUGUUAAGUACAGCUAUUAUGGACUUGAAGAAAAUAAAAGGUAAUAAUUUUGAAUCGAAACAUUGUAAUGAUAACUUAAAGUCUUUAAUUAUAAAGAAUAUACAUAAGUUUGAAAAUGAUGAAAUUCUUAAAAUUAUCGAAAAAUACAAUGAGAAAAAUUAUAAGGAUACCAAAAUUUUAAAAUGUAGUUAUGAUGUUUUUAAAAACAAUGUACAUAGAUAUUCAUUUGAUCAAAUAAAUAAAAUUAUACGUUUAUAUAAUAUAUCAGAAAUUUAUGAUAUCCAUUUUAAUACAUCAGUUUUUAAUUAUAUUAUAAAAAGAUUGGAUGCGAUCCCACCCUAUGUAGUAGUCAAUGUUUUUCAUAAUUUAAUUCGCUCAGGAUUAAGAGAUUACAAUAAUAUUAAUUUGAUAAAGGAAUAUUUUAUAAAAAAUAUAGACAAAUUCAACAACCUUGACUUAACCAUUAUUUUAAGUUCAUUUACCAUAUUGCAAGAAGAAUUAUUAAAAAAAAUUCCAAACGUAAAUAAUAAGGAUGUUUCAUUUAAUAUAUAUGAUACGAAGAAAGAUCAUUCUUUAUGUUCUGAAGCAUUAUAUGAUUAUAUGGAUAUAUUUAAAAUAAUUUUAAAUAAGAUACAGAAAGAUAAAAAUAUUCAUGAAAACUUGAGUGUAGUAAAUUCUGUUUUAAUAUUAAAUAUGUUGAGUAGAAUAAAUUUUUGUAAUUACGAAAUAUUUAAAUUUUUUACAAAAAACUAUUAUAAAAAUUUAAAUGAUAAGGAUUUAGAACCUCAUCAUUUUACCUUGUUAUUAAAUUCAUUUGCUAAAUGUAAUAUACACAUUAAUAUUAUGAAAUAUAUAUUAAAAUAUAUGAAUAAUAAAAAUUUCAUUAAUAAUUUAUCUUAUGUAAAUAUUACUAACGCUGUUCAUUAUAUGGCUAAAUUUAAUUAUAGAAAUGCAACAUUUUUAAAUCAUUUGAAAGACAAAGUAAUUGAAAUAAUUGAUAUCAUUCCUCAGAGAGAAUUUAGUAAUAUCAUGUGGUCCUUAGCUAAAUUACAUAUUAAAGACGAUUAUUUUUAUUACAUAGCUUUUCAAAAAAUCAAACAAAUUAUUGACGUAAUGGAUAUGAUGUCUGUUGCUCAAAUAUUAGAUGCCAUGAGAAGAAGAAAAAAUGUAUCAAAUGGACAAGAUAUAGGUGCCACAAUAAAGGAAAAGAAAAAUUUAGAAAAUGAUAUAAGUUGUCCGUUGAGAGAUAUAAAGGACACAACAUUAAAUGGCCAAAAUAUUGAUUAUAAGAAUAAUAUAGAACAUAAUAAAUAUCAUAAUAAUGAAGAAAAAGUAAAAGAAAAAGAAAUCAUUACAACACAAACAACAACACAGAAUAAAGAUUUAAAUAAUAAUAUACAGUUGACAUAUAAAACACCAGAAAAUAAUAUUAUAUCAAUUGAAAAAAAUAUAAAUACGUAUAAUAUAAUAUCUGAUGAUUUAGAAAAAAAUAUUUUACAUUUAUUAGUAAAUAAAUACAUAAAACAUAUACAACAUUGUUCACUUCAUGUCUUAACACAAGUGCCAUUUUGUUGCUUACAACUUAAUUAUAUUAAUAGUGAUAUAUAUUAUAAAUCAUUAGAAAUUCUACGAAAAAAAAGAAAUGAUAUGACAACUUUGAAUUUAAUAUAUGCAAAAUAUUUUCUUAGAAUUUUUAUUGAAAAGCAAGAAGCACAUUUUCAAAAAUUACCUCGUUCCCUUAAGCAGUUCGCUAAGGAAAUUUUGAAUUCUGAUAAUAAUUAA